AUGGCUGCUCAAGAAGCAAAUAGAGUUAUGGAACUUACACAAGAUCCUAGUAUAGUGUAUUAUAUUCAUCCUUCUGAUAACAACAAUUACAAGUUUAUCAAUGAAGUUUUUUAUGGUGAGAACUAUAGUUCUUGGAAGAGGUCGAUGAUAAUAGAGCUUUCUACUAAGAAUAAGAUGAGUUUCAUUGAUGGAACACUACCUAAACCUCAUCCAACAGAUGCUACUUACAAAGCAUGGGUAAGGUGCAAUGAUCUGGUUGUUGGUUGGAUAUUGGGAGUACUUGGUCCUGUAACCAAGAAAUCAGUAUUUUUCUAUAAGACAGCAAGAGAUAUGUGGCAAGAUCUUGAGGAACGAUAUGGACAUGUUUCUUCUGCACAAUUGUGUAAUCUCACAGCUAAAUUUCUGAAGAUUCAGCAGCAUCAAAGGUUGUUGAGGUUUCUCAUGAAGCUUAAAGAUGGUUAUCAGCAGAUUAGAAGCAAUAUUUUGAUGAUGCAUCCUCUUUCACAAAUGACUGUUGCAUAUAGAAUGUUACUGUAG